CGCAUGCUAUUACUAACAUUUAUAUCAUUCCAUUGCUUUAUUUUAGCGCCGAUCGGAGUUGAUGCAUCGAGCAAACUAUACAUUGUGUACAUGGGAGAGAAGAAACACAAAGAUCCAAACCAUGAAACUGCAUCUCACCAUAACAUCCUAACUUCUCUUCUUGGAAGCAAGGAAGAAGCCUUGAAUUCAAUUGUGUAUAGCUACAAACAUGGAUUUUCCGGCUUUGCAGCAAUGCUCACAGAUUCUCAAGCAGAAGAACUUGCAGAGUUGCCCGAGGUGAUCACGGUAAAACCGAACCGAAUCUAUCGGGCACACACGACUCGCAGUUGGGACUUCCUCGGGCUAGAUUACAACCAACCCACAGGACUACUCCAAAAGGCGAAGUACGGAGAAGAUGUUGUUAUUGGAGUUGUUGAUUCAUGCGUAUGGCCGGAGUCAAAGAGCUUCGACGAUAGUGGCUACGGCCCGAUCCCCUCCAGGUGGAGAGGCAAAUGCGAAGAAGGGGAGGCAUUUGGUGCUAACAAUUGCAGUCGAAAGAUAAUCGGAGCUCGAUACUACACGGGGGGAGUUUCUCAAGCUGAUCUUAAAGGAGACUUCAUGUCCCCUCGGGAUUUCGGCAAUCACGGAACACACACAGCCUCUACUGCAGCAGGAGGACUAAUUUACAAUGCAAGCUUUCAUAACUUAGCCACUGGGAAUGCGAGAGGGGGCGCCCCGCGAGCGCGGUUGGCCAUAUACAAGGCAUGCUGGGGGCGCCGGAUAGCUUGCGGGGGAGCCGCCCUUCUAGCGGCGAUCGACGAUGCUAUAAAUGACGGAGUGGACAUCUUAUCCUUGUCACUCGGAGGGCCCGAGGAAAUUCCCGGCACUCUGCAUGCUGUGGCCAAGGGGAUAACUGUUGUUUUUUCUGCGGGGAACGACGGGCCCGCCCCUCAGACAAUCAAGAACUCGGUCCCCUGGGUAAUUACGGUGGCAGCGAGCACCAUCGAUCGGUCUUUUCCGACUGUGAUCACGCUAGGAAGCAAUCAGAGAUUGGUGGGUCAAUCGAUCUUCUAUGAGAUCCAGCAAAACAGCAACUUUACGGGGCUAGUUGAUGGAUACAGUUGUGAUGCAGAUUCAUUGAAUGGAACCAAUAUUUCCGGAGAGAUUGUGUUAUGCUAUGCUCCUGAUUUAGCGGCCUCGACAUUGCCGAGGCAGAGUUUGCCGAGCGCGGUCUCAAACGUGAUAAGCGCAGGCGGAGGUGGCCUUAUUUUCGCGCAGUACACUGUAAACAUCCUUGAGAACCUUUAUCAGUGCCAGGGCAUCCCUUGUGUUCUAGUAGACUUCGAGAUCGCAAACAAAAUUGCCAAUUAUAUGAGCACUACAAGUAAUCCAGUGGUGAAGGUCUCACCGACAAGUAAUGUUAUUGGAAUGGAAGUAUUGGCUCCAAAGAUAGCGGCAUUCUCAUCGAGAGGGCCGAGUGUCGCAUUUCCGGGCGUACUUAAGCCUGAUGUUGCAGCACCAGGUGUUAGCAUCUUGGCAGCAAGGAGAAACUCAUAUUUCUUCGACUCGGGAACGUCAAUGGCGUGCCCGCACGUUUCAGCCGUUGCCGCACUGCUCAAAUCACUGCAUCCUGAUUGGUCCCCGGCCGCCAUAAAAUCUGCCAUAGUAACCACAGCCUCGGUUCGCGAUGGCUACGGUAUACCAAUCGAGGCCGAAGGGACUUCAAGGAAGCUCGCCGACCCUUUCGACUUUGGCGGCGGACACAUCAACCCAAACCGAGCUGCUGAUCCAGGCCUUGUUUACGACAUCGACCCAAAGGACUAGAUUAGGUUCUUUAACUGCACUCUCGGGCCAUCUGAUCUGUGUGACUCAUCAACUGGGCCAUUAUAUGAGUUGAACCUUCCUUCGAUUGCAAUUGCUGAUCUCAAGACGACAGUGACGAUUUCGAGGACAGUUACGAGUGUGGGGCCCGCAAACGGGGUUUACAAGGCGGUCGUGGAGCCUCCAGCAGGUGUUCAGGUGGUCGUCGAGCCUUCGACACUUGCAUUUGAUGGUAAGGCGAAGAUUCAAAGCUUUAAGGUGACAUUCACCGCGACUCGAAGGGUGCAGGGAGAUUAUACAUUUGGGAGUUUAGUAUGGUCGGAUGGCGCGGAUCACUCGGUGAGAAUCCCCAUUGCGGUUAGAACAGUUAUUGAAGAAUUCUAUGCUGAUACCUCAUGAGUUUGUAAGUGUGUGAUUGAUUAAUUAAGUGUGUAUUAUGAAGUCUAGGUUCUUCAUACUUUUGAUGACCAAAAAGUGAAGAAGUGCCAAUAAGCAAAAAGCUAUAUUAUGUGCUCAAAAAAA